UUUCUUAUUCACCACUCCGUUGUGUGCAGACAUCAAGCAGGGGUAGUCAAAGCAGUAAUGAGGAACUUUAAAUGUGCGCUAUCUGACCCUUCCCUUGUAAUAAUUAUUGAUUCAGUUUAAUGGAUGGUUUUGAGAGCUGCGGCGGUAUCUUCCAUGCAGUUUUCUGUUUAUUCGAUAUGUAAUGUGGAUUGUUGACGAACAGGAGUGUUAAAUCCAAGGCGACAGUAAAGACCUGCAUCUUUUCAAAAGACAUGGAGCGUGUGUUGACGAUUGUCGGAUUGGGGAGCCUCAUGAAUGUCUUAAUUCGACCCGUACAGAGCGAUAUUACUGUGUUCAGCAAUGCACGGUACUUUGCCAUCUAUUUUCUUUGCAUGGUCACUCUGGGUUAUGCCGAAAGUGCAAGGGAAAAGAUAUUACAAGAAAUCUUUACAGAUUAUGAUGGGAAAAUUCCACCAAAUUACGACAAUGACACUCCCGUCAAUUCUUCUGUGCAGUUUUACAUCAUUAGUGUUGACACGAUCAAUGAAGCUACAAUGGAUUUUUCAAUGAGCUUCUUUUUGAGACAAAGAUGGAUUGAUAACCGUAUGAAUUACACCCCUGCUUUAAACAUGACACGUCUUGAGCUAGACAAUAGGCGAAUGGCGGAUGUCUGGGUUCCUGACCUCUACUUCGUAAAUGAGAAGAAAGCAGACGUCCACGAUGUCACCGUUCCUAAUAAAUUGAUGCACGUCUAUCCGAAUGGCCUCAUUGUAUACAGUAUGAGAGUUACAGCAGUGUUUUCUUGUACUAUGGAUCUGCAGAAAUAUCCCCUAGACGAUCAAAAAUGCGCCAUUGUUAUGGAAAGCUAUGGAUACAGUACAGAGACGCUAUUUAUGCGAUGGCACGAAACUCCUGUAGAAACAUCAGACAAUCUUCAACUUCCUCAAUUCGAAAUGCAGAACAUUAAGGAGUCCAGAUGUGACGUUACUUACGCUGGUGUCACCUACACCUGUUUAAAGAUGGAGCUACAUCUUCACCGAACUCUGGGAUAUUACAUCAUCCAGGUUUAUGUGCCAAGUUGCCUCAUUGUGAUAUUAUCCUGGGUAUCAUUUUGGUUGAAUGUGGAAUCAACACCAGCCCGAAUUUCCUUAGGGUUGUUGACAGUUCUAACUAUGACGACACAAAGCUCAGGCGCAAAAGCCUCAUUGCCUCGAGUCUCAUAUGUAAAGGCCAUUGACAUAUGGAUGUCAACGUGUUUGAUAUUUGUGUUUGCUGCUUUAAUUGAAUUUGCGUAUGUGAAUGUAUUAGCAAGGGUUGAACAACGAAGAGGAAAAUCUGUGAUGUCAAAUAUGAACGAAGCUAAGGAGGAGGAGGAAGAAGAAAAGGAAAAGAAGAAAUGUUGGUGUUUUAGAAAUCUCGAGGACAGAGAAAGGGCACGAUUGGUGGACAAAAUAUCACGUGUUGUUUUUCCCACUGUCUUCAUAGUAUUCAAUAUCAUUUAUUGGAUAACGUACGUGUUUUGGGAACCAGAGACUGUAGAUUAACGAACCAGUGAUUUUAUUAUAGAUGCCAAUAUACAUGUACAUUUACGGACUUCUGUGUUGACCAAUUUGUACUUGUAAAAAUGUAACCCCCAGUUGUCUCUUAUAACUACAAUUUGUGGUAUUUCCAUAAUCUCUAAGUAUUGUUGUAUACUUCAAAACCGAAAUUUUCUAAUUGCACCAAUGUACAUGCAAGUGAUUACAUUUUAAAACUGAUGAGUUUUUUGGAGAUCGGUAAAUUUUUAUCUUUUUCCAGUUAAAAAAUACCCUCAGGUCACCAAUGCUUUGUGAUGUAACUCAGGGUACAAUUUAAGUAACAUGAUCAUUUUUUUCCAGAGUUUCUAAUACAGAAUUUUGCAGAGUCCAUUUUUGCUAUGGGAAAACCUCUUUGGUCAAAAUUUAAAGGAGGAGGUGCACAAUGGCACUAUGUAAUAAAGAUUCUCUGAAAUUGUUAAAUUUUAUUCAGUGGUAAAGGAGGAGUUGUGGAUAAGAGAGGGAUAAUCCAACGCGUAACGCACGGACAGAAGGACGUACAGACGGACGGACACUCCAUCACUACACCCCCCCCACACUUAUCAAUGGGGGUAUAAUAAUAUACAACAUAUAGAAUAAGUGAAGAGGUAAUUGAUAUUACAUAGUAUAGAACAAAUGUAUAAAAACUAAAAAGUUUUAAAUACUACAGACAGCUGAUGCUCUAUAUAAAUCUUUCCACAUUUCUUCUAAAAAGAAGUGUCGCCCAAGUGGCACAGUGGGUAGGGCGUUUGCUGUAUAGUCGCGGAGUAAGGAGUUGAUCCUUACGUUGCAGGUUCGAAUCCCACUGCGGGACCUGGAGACCGGUCCUUUGGAUGAGAUCGUAUUAACCGAGGUCUCGUGCUGCCACGAAAAAUAUCUCUCUCUGCUCAAUGGCCUUGAGUGCCGAGUAUAGGUCAAAAUUUGCAGUCCUCCGCCCGGUGUAACGACGAAAAGUGACUCCCGUAGAAUAUUGACCGGGGAUCAUUUGUCUACAUAGAAAUUUGUCCCCCUGGUCAAUAUUAUGUAGAAAAAUGACCUUCUUUUUGUAGAAAUUAUGGCCUUGGGGUCAUUUUUCGCCAUGUGGAUUGUAGAAAAAUGACCCUGUAGAAUAAUGACUUGGCUUUAAUUAGAACAAUUGGUGCUAAGACUUUCAUACUUAACAUGUGUAAUCCUUGUGACAAGACCUUCCUUUGGAUACCAACAACUUUGACCUUAACCUUUGAGUUUGACCUACUUUAGCAAAACUUUAACCUUGGCCCUAAUUUUUGAACGGUUGGUGUUGGGGAUUUUAUUCUUCAUAUUUGUAAUCCUUGUGACAAGACCUUUCUUUGGAUACCAACAACUUUGACCCUUGGUGUUUGACUCCUUUUGGGAAACUUUAACCUGGUCAUAACUUUUGAACUAUUGGUGCUUCGGGUUUCAUAUUUCAGUUGUGUAUUUCUUGGGAGAAGGCGUUUCCUUGGGCACCAUUAAUUUUGACCAUUUGACCUAGACCUUGAUGUUUGACAUACUUUUGAAAAAACUUUAACCUUUUCCAUAUCUAUUCAAUGGUUGCUGCUAGGGCUUUCAUAUUUCACAGGUUUAUUCCUCGAGACAAGACCUUACUUAAGGUACCAACAUAUUUGAUUUGCAUUUGAGAAAGUUUAACCUUUGCUAUAAUUUGCCAUACCGGGGCAUCAGUGUUUCACAAACACAUCUUGUUUGAUACCAGAAGAAAACUGCAUGGUUUUGGUAGGAAAAUUCUUGUUAGGCAAAUACAUGUAAAUAGGGGUUAAAUGAUGCAGCCUUGUGAUUUGAAGUGUUCAUUUCUAAAAGCUUUAAAGUUUAAAUGACAAAAUUAAAAGGUUAUACUAUAUUUUACACUAAUAAUACAAGAUGUUUUAUCCAUUAAAGGAAAGCCUAACAAGGCUAUAAUGAUGUUCUAUUACUAUUAGAGCAAGAAUACAUGUACGUACAUUCUUUGAUUUUUGUAAUCACAUUUUAUAAAAUAAGUUUCCACGGCUGUAAUUCUUUUAAAAAAUCAAGAUCAUUAUCUUAAGUGGUGUAAGAAAGAGAAACAUAUAAAUAAAAAAAAUGUAUA